GGAGGGGGGAGGGAUGCUGCUGUUUGCACGGGAGGCUGCGGGUCACCCCCGACGUUAAGGGCUCCAACCUGUUGUGAAAUGUUUCAUCUCAGCCUCCGAGAGCCAUUGCGGAGAUGCGGCUUCUUCUGCUCCUUCUGCCGCCGCUGCCCUUAACGAGAUAAGAUGCAUGUCUCACUGGCCGAGGCCCUGGAAGUAAGAGGAGGACCCCUGGAGGAAGAAGAGAUCUGGGCCUUACUAAGCCAGAGUACAGAGUGCCUCCAUGAGCUGUUCCACAAAGCUGACCCACCGGCCCUUGGUUUUAUCAUCUCUCCCUGGUCGCUGCUGCUGUUACCCUCUGGCAAUAUUUCCUACACUGACGAGAAUGUUUCAAACCAGGAUCUGCGAGUGUUCACAGCCCCUGAGAUAUUACAGAAUCCGACUUUGUCUUCACUCUCAGAUAUUGAAAAGAUGCACGUGUAUUCUCUUGGAAUGACAUUGUACUGGGGAGCAGACUAUAAAAUACCUCUGAAUCAGCCAAUCAAACUGGGAGAUCACCUGAACAGCAUAUUGUUGAGUAUGUGUGAGGAUCUGAUGUACACUCGAGUGACUGUGAGGACCACUUUAGAUGCCUGCAGUGCUCAUAUCCGGAACACCAAUUGUGCGCCAGCUUUCUCAUAUGUUAAACAGCUGGUAAAACUUGUCUUGGGAAGCCUAACUGCUCUUGAUCAGCUCUCUGUCAAUACAGUCAGCAAACCAGAUCGUAACCAAGAAAUCCGGGAUCGACUGAGAGGAAAGGGCCUUCCAGUGGGGAAAAGUCCAACUGCCAACACCUUGGAAAGAUACAAAGCACAAUUUUGUGACCCGAUCUCACUGAACCGAAGACUCAGCAAAUCUAUGGGUUUCUUAGCAAUUUCUGACAGAACAGCAGAAGACGACUCUUCUCACUACACUGCUUCUUCACAUGAGGAUGCCAUAGAUGUCUACUACAGACGUCGAUCUAGACCUGAUGAUUUGGAGAGGAGGUCUAAUUUCAGUGCUGGUACUGGUCGUAGGAAGAAGUUCUGGACCUCCACAGUUGACCUGGGCUAUCACAGUGGUAAGAUAGUAGCACUUGGGGAUGAUCCUCAGAGACACAGCCCUUGUCAACAAGGAAAAAUUAGACCUAAUAAGAAUGCUUCCAUCGCCAGGGAGGCAAAGUACUCAGACUGUGGUCAAACACUUGGUCUUCAAAAACCUCACCAUAUGUCAGAACUUUCAAUGCCAUCUGCUCUCUCGGGGGCUUAUGAAAGGAUUAAAGAUCGGCAGAAGAAACUGGAAGUCUUGAGAGAGGCUAUGGAUAUGGACGAACCUGCAGUGGAAUACACAGCACGCCACAGUGACGCGUACAGUACAUCGAGUGAAAGUCCAUCGCUUGUUUCUUCAGACCCAGAUUUUCGACAUGUUCCCAGGAGUGAAGAAAUUCGGAGAUACAGUUUUCCAGUAGGUUUUGCUGCAGGAGAUGAGUCCUUAGAGGAUGGUCAUAAUGUGGUUAGGAGAGCAAGCAGUCCAUAUGAGAUGUCGACAGAUGAGAACAUGAUGAGCCAGGAGUUGAUGCUGAAACGUCAGGAAGAAGAAUUGAGACAACUACAGAGCAGAUUAGCUCAGAAACAGCUUCAAUCGGAACUUCACCAAGUAUCCAUGUUGGAUGUCAACAGGGACCCCUUGAGAGAUGUAGCUAUGGAAACAUCCAUGUCACAAAGAAAACUGAAGAAUUUCUUUGGACCUGAGUUUGUGAAAAUGAUCAGCGAGCCUUCUAUUGCACUGGACCUUCCUACAUCGAUUCUGAAAAAAGGAAAAGGUGACGAUAUCCGGCGCAAAUUGAACAUCAUGCUUCUGAGUGGACAGCGCUUAGAGUUGACGUGUGACACCAAAUCGAUGUGUAAGGAUGUCUUCGAUAUGGUGGUUGCCUACAUCGGUCUGGUGGAACAUCACUUUUUUGCCUUGGCAUAUUUAAAAGAAAAUGAACUAUUUUUUGUUGAACCUGAAUUAAAAUUGUCCAAAGUGGCACCAGAGGGAUGGAAAGAAGAGAAGAAAAAGAACAAAAUGACUGUAAAUUUCACCCUUUUUCUCCGCAUUAAGUUUUUUGUAGAAGAUGUCAGCUUAAUCCAUCACACGCUGACCAGGCAUCAAUACUACUUGCAGUUGAGAAGAGAUAUUUUGGAAGAGAGGUUACAUUGUGAUGAAGAAACUGCCUUGCUACUUGCAUCAUUAGCCCUCCAAACAGAAUUUGGUGACUACCAGCCCGAGCUUCAUGGGAAGAAUUAUUUCCGGCUUGAACAUUAUUUACCAGCCGGAGUGAUGGAGACGUUGCACCACUCCUACAUGAAGGAAGAACUGACCAAAAUGCACAGCACAUAUUGUGGAGCCACAGAAACAGAGACUCAGCUUGAAUUUAUGAAGGUGUGUGAAAAACUGUCCGAGUAUGGCGUGCUGUUCUACCGAGUUAUGCCAGAGAAGAAAUCGUCCACUGGGAUAAAUCUAGGCAUUUGCUCUAAAGGGGUUAUCGUUUAUGAGGUUUGUAAUGGGGUCAGGACAUCCAUUCUUCGGUUUCCAUGGAGAGACACAAAGAAAAUUGCUUUCAACAGAAAGAAGAUUACCUUGCAAAACACUUCAGAUGGCAUAAAGCAUCUGUUUCAGACAGAUAGCAGCAAGACCUGUCAAUAUCUUCUGCACCUGGCUUCAUCCCAACACAAAUUCCAGCUUCAGAUGAGGGCACGGCAGAACAAUCAGGACCUAAAGGAUUUUGAAAAGCUGUCUUUCAACAGCCUGAACUAUUAUGGAGACUCUGCGGAUACGUUUGCAAUGGGAAGGGCAAAUAGCAGCUUGAGUCUUGCCGUCAGUGCCUUUAGCAAGUUAAACGAUCUACCACAGGCAACACAUUCUGAACUCAUGAAGCGGAUGUCCAGAUCAGAGGCUGCACUGAAUCGGCCCCUGCAUUGUCUGUCCAAAAACAAGGUGCCAAGGUCUUUGUGGGAUCAGUAUCCUCCCAUCGUUAGCAAAUCCUACUAUGAUCUCAGUCAAAUUCUUGAGUCUCAUCGAAAGAGUGCUCCCCCAUUUAACAGCCAAUCACCAUGCACGUCAAGUCAGCGGAUUGCUCAGAAAGAGCUUGCUGAGUUCAAAGAGAAGACUUCACGUCCCUGGUCAGAUACAGAAUUUGUGGCAGGAAAUGAGAGACGAACCAAAAGCAGUACUUUCAGUCCAAAGAAGUCCCAGGCUGUCUUUCACAGAAGCCCUGGGCGAAGAAAUACUACAUCUGACUCCUCAUCCACUGAAGACUCCAAUCAGGCAUAUGUGGGAGGACUUAGCAUGCACAGUUCUGGCACCCCAUCAACCCCUGCUACCUUUACAGCCAAUGAUACUUUUCACCAGAAUCUCAAUGCUUUCCCUUCACCAGAGAAAGAGCUUAGAUUUGUGAAGCUGAAGAAGGACAUGACUCAUGGUUUAGGUUUUCAGAUUGUUGGUGGAGAAAAGCCUGGCAAAGUGGACUGUAUGGGAUUUAAUGUCAAUAGCAUCACACCAGGAGGACCAGCAGAGCUUGAGGGGCAUAUGAAACCAGGUGAUCGCCUGAUAUCUGUGAAUGGGGUGAAUCUGGAGGGUCUUACCCAUGAUGCUGCAGUGGAGAUUUUGCAAAAUGCCCCCGAGGAUGUGACCCUGAUGAUCUCUCAGGCCAAACUCUCUAGAGCAUCUCCCCCAAAUAGAAAAGGAGGACCAAGGAGUCUGUCAAGGAGCCCUGGUCAUAGGUUAGGGGGACAGCAAUAUGAAGGGGAAUCAUCUUCAGAAGAGCACAACCGAUCACGAGUUCAGCAAAAGGCAUAUCCACCAGGAGCAUCAGCUGUGGUUGAUGGGAAACGAAGAGAAAGUCUGAGCUCUCAGGACUCAAGAACUGAAAGUGCCGGCCUUUCACAAAAUCAACUGAACGGUCUCCAGAGAAACCGAGCACCACAGCACGCUAAUUAUGAAGUGGUCUCUGUGCCCACGGCAUCAAAACCAGAUGUAGUGCAUACGAUUCUAGAUAACGCAAAGUACUUGGGUAUGAUUAAUUCUGAAAAAUCUAAAGGAAUGGACUGCUCCGACCGAGGUGACUCUGACAUGGAUGAAGCAACAUAUUCCAGCCUUCAAAAGCGGCAAAGACCUAAAAAAGACUCUGCGGCAGAUAAAACAAAAAAUAAAGUUAUUUCAAAUACCAGCCGUGGCAUUGUACUGAAGCCAGGAGAUGUUUUUGAGGUGGAAUUAUCUAAAAAAGAGAACAGCUUGGGCAUAAGUGUCACGGGUGGUGUGAAUACAAGUGUGAGACAUGGUGGAAUUUACGUAAAGGCUAUUAUACCAGGUGGUACAGCUGAGGCUGACGGACGUGUCCAAAAAGGUGACCGUGUCCUUUCUGUGAAUGGAAUCAACUUGGAGGGUGCAACUCAUAAGCAGGCAGUAGAGACUCUGAGGAACACAGGCCAGGUUGUCAGCCUGUUACUAGAGAAGGGGCAGCUUCCCGCGACCAGUGUUCACGCUCCUGUUACACCACAGUGUACACCUCCGUCUGCAGAUAAUCAGAAUGGACCUCCUGACUCAUCUGAUAAAUUGGAGUUCGAGACCAAACACACGCCAGCCACUGACAAAGAUUACAGUUUUGUUACUGAUGAAAACAAGUUUGAAGUGAAGCUGUUGAAAGGCUCCUCAGGAUUAGGCUUCAGUUUCAUAGAAGGGAAUGAAGCUGUCCCUGACCAGUCUGGGAUGAAAAUAGUGAGAAUAAAGAAACUGUUCCCUGGGCAACCAGCAUCCGAAUGUGGGCAGAUUGCUAUUGGUGAUGUGAUAUUGCAGGUGAACGGCACUCCUUUAAAAGGACUAACAAAGCAGGAAAUUGUGUCCGUCCUCAGAAGCACAGCUGAAGAUGUUACUCUGGUGCUUUGCAGGCCUGAACAUGGUGUAUUACCAAGCGUUGACUCCUCUUUGAGUUUAAUUAGCUCACAUUCUGAAGGGAUUUACGGAACCAAAUUACAGUACCAAAGCACUGACAGCUCAGCGGAGUCUGGAAAAACAAACAGUUUCACUGGUGACAGUGUAGAUGACUGUGGUAAUGAUGAAGAGAUUGAAAAUAAAGACUUUCAGAAUCUGAGACUGAGGUCUUCUUCCAGAAGGGACAGCUACAGUGACAGUACAGAUUGUGAUGAUGGGGACAGGCACACCACAUCAAAGCAAGACGCCAGCACCAACAAAAGCAUCACUGUUUGCCAAAUGACUGGGAAUGUGAUUUCCUUCUCCAACAACCAGUAUGAAAUGUCAUAUAGCCAGGAAAAGGCCAGUGUUUACUUCUCCCCUCAGGAUUCAACUUCUAAACUGGAGCUCACCAGCAGAAAACCGCCUUCACCGACACUUCUAGACCUCUCGACAGAACAGAGGUUCAGUCUCGGACCUGAGGUUCCCUCUCCUACACCAGUAGAUGAGAACUCACUUACUUCCAGUUCAAGAUCUGAAGCAGUAACCUCUGGGUCUGCAGAGGUAGCAGCAGCACAACAUCUAGACACUGAGUGUCAUGAGGAGGAGGAGGAGGCUGAAUUACAUCCUGAAGCAGAAUUGCACGUCACUCUGAACAAGUCAGAAAAAGGGAGUCUGGGAUUCACAGUGACCAAAGGAGAUGACAACAUUGGCUGCUACAUCCAUGACGUCAUCCAGGAUCCUGCAAAAAGUGACGGGAGACUACGACCUGGUGACAGGCUUAUCAUGGUGAAUGGUGUUGACAUCACCAGCAUGAGUCACACAGAAGCAGUGGAUUUUCUUCGAUCAAUCCCAGAUGCAGUUACUCUCGUGAUUGGAAGAGUCCUGGAAAUACCAGAGUUUCCAAUAGAGCCAGAUAUGCUUCCUGCGAUUACAAUGAUCUCCCACGAACAGGAACUGGGCUUAUCUCUGGCUGGAGGAAGUGAAACCAUUUACCAGGCAAUUUACAUUGGUGACAUCACUCCAGGUUCAGCUGCUGACACAGAGGGGAGUCUGCAGCCACUGGACCUUAUCCAUUAUAUUAAUGAGGUCAGCACCCAUGGGAUGACAACAAAUGAGGCAAAGGCAGCUCUUCUGAAUGUAUAUCCUACCAUCACCUUGAAAGCCACAAGAGAUGGUGAGCCAGUUGUUCCCAAAACAGUGGAUUCUCUCUACAAAUACGAUAAAGACAAAGAUUCAAAGCUAAAUAAAUCUGCUGAAGUUAAUGGACAUAUCCACGGAGACUUGAGCUGUGACUCUAAUCCAGUACCUGGUGUGUACAUAUCAGAGAGUAAUGUAACAGAAAUUGAUCUGCACAAACCUGCCUCAGGAGGACUAGGAUUCUCCCUAGUAGGUGGUGAGAAUGGUAUUUAUGUAAAGAGUGUACAUCCGUCUGGGCCAGCUGCCGAGGAUGGAAGGCUACAAGUUGGUGACAAAUUGCUCCAGGUAAAUGGAGAAUCUAUAGUUGGAGCUUCCCACACUAAAGCAGUGACAACAAUCCGCAAAGCCAAGGGACUGGUCAACUUAGUUGUCUCCAGGACAAAGUCCCCAGACAAAGUGAGGCCUUUGAUCAGAAAUGUUGAUACAAUGUGUUCUUUCAACAACUCACAAAGUGGAGACAUCACUGCCAAAGAAGCUGAAGCUCUGCAGUCCUUGUUGGAUGUUAUUCAUCAAGAAGCCAAUAAACUUUCUUGUUUCAGCCCAAUAAACUCUCCAACAAAAAUUCCACAGCCAGAGAACGAUGCAUAUGAUAUGGUGGGAUCUGAUGCUCUUAAGUGGAUAGGUGGACAGAAGGACCAGGAAAAGUCUGUUAAAUCUGAAGAUACAGACUGUGAAGGUUCCUCAUUGCCUGAAGACUCUCCUGAGCAGCCAAGAAGAAAAAAUGGGUUUCAUUCCUCAAUGUCCCCUCCUCUAACAGAAAUUGAGAAAGCAAUUCAAGAGUGUUCCGUUGAAGAUGUGAUAUCAAAAAGGGUGCCCAGUAUGUCGCAAAUGGAAAAUAUAGAGGAAGAUGAGAUUACCUGGGGGAGUGAUGAACUACCAAUUAAUUCGGUUAAGCAAGAUCCUUUACCCUUAGAUCAACAAAACAUAACUAAAGAUGAACUAAACCAGCUUUCUGUGGUAGAUACUCCUCCAGGUGGCCAGUACACUGGUUCCAAACUGGAGGCCGUCAUUAAAACCCUGCAAGGGCUAUUGGAACAACACAUUCCAUUGCAGGAGUUUGAGGAUCUGCAAAACCUGAAGCCUUUGGAUGAAUGUUUAAUUGGGCAAUCAAAGGAAAACAGGAAAAAGAACCGAUAUAAAAACAUACUUCCAUAUGAUGGCACAAGAGUUCUUCUGGGAGAAGAGCAUGGAUACGUUAAUGCCAGCUUCAUAAAAAUUCCAGUGGGUGGAACAAACCAUGUAUACAUUGCAUCUCAAGGACCAUUGCCUCAAACACUGGCAGACUUUUGGCAGAUGGUUUGGGAACAAAAGUCCAAUAUCAUUGCUAUGAUGACCCAGGAGGUGGAAGGAGGGAAGAUCAAAUGUCAAAGAUACUGGCCAGAACCUAUGGGGAAAUCAAUAGUAUUAGAUGAAAGGAUUCAGAUAACCCUUGAGAAUUAUCAAGCGCAGGAAAACUUUAUUAUUCGUCAUAUCAAGAUGGAUGAUUUGGAGAGCAGAGAAUCACGGCACAUAACUCACCUGAACUUUACUGCCUGGCCAGACCAUGGGACUCCUGAUGGACCAGAGCAGUUAGUCACCUUGCUGGCGUACAUGAGGCACAUCCACAGUGCUGGCCCCAUCAUCACCCAUUGCAGUGCAGGCAUUGGACGUUCUGGGACUCUCAUUUGUCUGGAUGCAGUGUUAGAGUUUAUCAGCAGAAAUCUAGAUUUUGACAUUUCUUGGAUUGUCCAGACUAUGAGAAGCCAGAGGAAUGGGAUGAUCCAGACUGAGGCUCAGUAUGUGUACUGCUAUCAAGUUGUCCUAUAUAUUCUCAAGCAACUUCAACUGAAUGAGAAGAAAAAGGCAAAGGCACCAUAAAUGUUUCUGUGGUACUACAUAGAACGUUAGCUCCUUUUUGUAGGAGUAUGGACUGUUACAUUUCAAUACUUAUUCUAGUCUCUUCUCACUAACGUAUCUGCUUACUUAAAAAUGGGCAAAUAUUUUGUAUUCAUUUUGACCACAAAGACAACAUGAAUGUGUCUAUAGAAAGAACACCUUCUGGAGAGGAAAAAAUAAAUGUAAGAAUUGAUCAAGGCAUUCUAAAGGAAUUGUCAAAGCUGAUUUUUUUUGUAGUUGCUCUGAUCCACUAAGAGUUUUAAAUGUAAAAUAACUGAAUCAGUAUGCCUUAUGCAAUUAUUGAACUGUGGUAAUAUUUUAGAAUUCAUGACACUUUAGCUGUACCUGAAACAACUAUUUUGGUAAUGUUGACCUGUUAUAAGUGUAUUCAAGGCUGGAUACUCCUUGUCAGAACUGUUGAAUGCAUUUUCCUUUAUGAUUAUAUGACUAUCACUGUAUAUAUGGUAAAAAACAGUAUUGAUUUUAUGUCUUUCAUAUUUGGCAAUGACCUGUGAGAGAUUUUCUGUACAAUAUACAAUUUUUAAAAGUCAUUUUCAUUUAUAAUAUUUCUUGUACAUAUCUACAUUUUAACAAAUUUAUCUGGAUAUAUCUAAACAUUAUUUACUAAAUAUCCAAACAAUGUAAAUAAAAAGCGGAGAUACCUGGGUACAACACUUUGUGGAAAAUAAAAUCUGUCAUAGGCUUA